AUGCGUAAGUGCAAAGUUUUUGUCGGUAAUUCUCAUCCUGAGCUAGGUAGGCUGGUUUGUGGGAGACUGGGUAUUGAACCCGCUCCAUGCACUUUGAAGAAGUUUGCUAAUGGGGAGACGUCUGUUCAGAUUGGUGUGUCUGUUCGUGACGAGGACGUGUACGUCAUCCAGUCUGGUUCCCCCACAAUUAAUGACCACAUCAUGGAACUCCUUAUAUUGGUCUCCGCCUGCAGAGGUGGUUCCGCUAAGAAAAUUACUGCCGUGAUCCCACAGUUCCCUUACUCGAAGCAGAGUAAGAUGAAGAAACACAGGGGUGCCAUUACUGCGCGAAUGUUGGCCAACCUGCUGGUCAUGGCUGGAGCAGACCACGUUGUCUCCAUGGACUUGCACGCCUCACAGAUGCAAGGGUUUUUCUCCAAACCCGUGGACAACUUGUACGGUGGCCCAAGUUUGGCAAGGUGGAUCAGAGAGAAUGUCCCGGAUUAUGAGAACGCCGUUGUCGUUUCAAAAAACGCUGGCGGGACUAAAAGGGUCACCGCGCUGGCGGACUCCUUGAAGAUCAACUUCGCAAUGAUCCACACCGAUCGUCGUCGUUCUAAGGACUUGUACUCGCAGAAUAAGGACUUGAAACAGCUGAAAUUAAGAAAACAGUCCAUGCUGAGGAAAAACAGACCCAUUGUCAGGCCAGGUGACAAUCCUGAUGAGGAGGAAAAUAUAAUAUUGACAAAUGGGAUCCAAACGGCAAGAAUCCGUAAUGGUCACGUUAUUGGGGACGAUGAAAUAGACGAUAUUGAAGUGGAGGUCGCCAUGGAAUCGGACGAAGAUGACUUGUCCCUUGCUGCCACAGACUCCCAUGCGUUUGCCCUCGGCGGCACUUAUGAUGCAGUUGACUCAGAGGAUGACGAGGACGAGGGUCCAUCCCAGGUGCCAAAGGAGAAAUUGAUCACGCUUGUUGGUAACGUACAGGGUCGUGCCGCCAUUAUCCUGGACGAUAUGAUCGACAGGCCAAGCUCUUUCAUAAGUGCAGCAGAACAUUUGGUUCAAAACUGUGGUGCUAAGAGGGUCUACGUCGUCGCAACUCACGGUAUUUUCACAGGCAACUGUCUAGAAGAACUGGAAAAGUGCCAAUACAUCCAUCAGAUCAUCGUCACAAACACGUACCCAAUCCCAGUGGCCCAUUUACAGAGCUGCAAAAAACUGGUUGUAAUCGAUGUCUCACCUAUAUUUGCUGAAUGUAUUCGUCGUGACCACUACGGUGAAAGCAUUUCCGUCCUCUUUGACUCAUUAGCAACGUUAUAG